AUGGUGACAAUGGGAAAGACUCAUGUCUUGUCACUUUAUCAUGUUGUCUUCCUAUGUUUACUUGUUAUCCAAGUCACUGGCCAGUAUCAGCCUGGAGUCACUGGUCCAUAUAGUGCCCCAAGACCAAAUCAAGUAUCCACGGUAAUCAUUGCGAUGCUUUUGUUCACGCUCUUAUUCAGCUUGUUAGCUUGUUUCGUUUGCUAUAAAUACACAAGCACAUCUCCUCAUGGAACCAGCUCGGAUACCGAAGAAGGAGGUGAUGGAGAAGUAGCGUGGAUAAGAAGGACAAGCCGCGGACUUGACCAGGAUGUGAUAAAGUCGUUUCCUUCCUUUCUUUAUUCACAAGUUAAAGGGCUAAAGAUAGGCAAAGGCGGCGUGGAAUGCGCGAUUUGCUUGAACGAGUUUGAGGACGACGAAACACUUCGUUUGAUGCCUCCUUGUAGCCAUGCCUUUCAUGUAGUUUGCAUAGAUGUUUGGCUCACUUCUCGCUCCACAUGUCCAGUUUGUCGUGCUAGUCUCCCUCCCAAGCCCGGCACUGAACAAAGCUCUUUGUAUUCGUCUUUACGCCCACCUGAUAUGGAUCUUGAAACCGGAAACACGCGAAGAAAUGUAUUGGAAUCUCCAGAUGUACGGUUGCUAGAUAGAUUGACAUGGAGCAAUACUAACACCGGGGCAACCAGACCGCCUCGAUCAAGGUCUACAGGGCUAUCAAACUGGAGAAUAACCGAGAUUUUGUUCCCAAGAUCCCAUUCCACCGGACAUUCUCUAGUACCGCGAGGCGAGAACCUUGACAGAUUCACAUUGCAGCUACCAGAAGAGGUACGGAGACAAUUGAGCCACACAAGAACGUUACCACAAGCUAGGAGUUCAAGGCAAGGCUAUAGGAGCGGUAGCGUUGGGAGCGAUAGGAGAGCUAAAGGCAGCAAGGAAAAAGAACUUGGAGAAAGUUCAUUUGAACGCCAUAGGCCAGAGAUGGUCUAGUAUAAAUUUGUUGACUACAUCAAGUUUUCUUUUUGACAGCGGAUUGGCCUUCUUUUGCAGCGGAACUGGAGUCCUUCAAAUCCCUCCAAGAUCUUCUCCCGGGAUUCCAUAUCCGCUUUAUCCCCCGACUUUCAAACACCCGAGCGGACCAUUUGGCCAAAAAUGCUCGAUCGCGUGACUGUCUGUUCUCCUACAUGAGUACCUCGGCUCCUAGUUGGCUCCCCCUAGCGGAGAGCUUCUUUCUGAGCGUACCAUAGUUAUUUUCUUUCUGG